AGGCAGCAACCGGCGGCCGGAGCUUCUAACUACAAGUCCCGGCAAGCUCCGCGGUCACUUCCGCUUAUAACCUCGCGUCAUCUCGCCCCGAACUACGGAUCCCGAAGGACUCCGAGCGGCACGUCACGCCGGCAAAUUCAGCCAAUUGGCUUCGGACAAGUCGGAGGGGAGGGAGACGCAGAAGCAGACAAGAUGGCGGCGGCGGCGGCGGCACAGGGCGGGAGAAGUGGUGGUGGCGGAGGCAGUAGUGGGGCUGGUGGUGGCCCUAGCUGUGGGACAGGCAGCAGCCGCAGCGGCUUGUUAGAUAAGUGGAAAAUUGAUGAUAAGCCUGUAAAAAUUGACAAAUGGGAUGGAUCAGCUGUGAAAAACUCUUUGGAUGAUUCUGCCAAAAAGGUACUUCUGGAAAAGUACAAGUAUGUGGAGAAUUUUGGGCUAAUUGACGGUCGCCUCACCAUCUGUACCAUCUCCUGUUUUUUUGCCAUAGUGGCUUUGAUUUGGGAUUAUAUGCACCCCUUUCCAGAGUCCAAGCCAGUUUUAGCCCUGUGCGUCAUAUCCUAUUUCGUGAUGAUGGGGAUUCUGACCAUUUAUACCUCAUAUAAGGAGAAGAGCAUCUUUCUUGUGGCUCACAGGAAAGAUCCUACUGGUAUGGAUCCUGAUGAUAUUUGGCAACUGUCCUCCAGUCUCAAAAGGUUUGAUGACAAAUAUACACUGAAACUGACCUUCAUCAGUGGGAGAACAAAGCAGCAGCGGGAAGCCGAAUUCACUAAGUCUAUCGCCAAGUUUUUUGACCACAGCGGGACACUGGUCAUGGAUGCAUACGAGCCUGAAAUAUCCAGGCUCCAUGACAGUCUUGCCUCAGAAAGAAAAAUAAAAUAGCCAAUUCUAAAAGCGGCCCUCUUUCUGCUGGAUCAUGCUGAAUUACUGGAUGGGUGGGGGAAGAAACAGAACUUAAAAUGGGUAAAGUAAGAAAUGUUUAAAAUGUCCCUUUUUGUCCUGAAAUUUUAGUCUCUUCUGGAAAAAUAGGAUUUUCUAGCACAGAUACAAGAAGCUGUAGCUCUUAUUUCUAGCUGUAGCUUCCUUGGUCUGCUGAUUGUGUUGUUUUGACUUGCUUUGGAAAAGCAUUCUUGCUAAAAGCUGUAUAAAACUUUUUUUUUGUACGUAGUAGUACUUUCUAUAGUAUAGCUUUGUGCCCACAUGCAGCAUUUGAAGACUCAAUUUUAAAAAAUUGUUAACCUGUUGCUGACUUCAUGUUAAUUUCUGUUUCAACAACUGUUUCCUAAAGAAUUCAGGAUAUAACUUCUUGUGUAUGACAGCUUUCCUCACACACCAUUUUUGUGGGUGUGUAUAUAUCUGACUUGGGGAAACUCCAAAAACCCACAAAAUAUAGCUUUUAAAUUUGUCUAAAAAGACCUGCCUGUUAAAAACACAUUUUGUGUUCUUAAUCAAUUGAAGAAGCCAGUGGCAUUUUUAAUUUUAUAUUGUGUGUUUUCCAUAGUAUAUCCCUGUUGAUUUGUUUGCGACCUUUAUUAAUUGCCAUUUUCUAAAAUUUUUUUCAAUAAAAGGAAAGAAGAUGUGAAAAAAUGAGUCAUAGUCUUGAUGGAAGGAACAGAGCAGCAAGUGUUAUUAGUUUCUCUACUACUGUAGGUUUUUUUCAUUUCCAGGCUGUUUAAUUAUUCAUAGAGCCCUGAAAACCCAUAACUGAGAAACUCGUAGCUCUCUGGUAAGAAUAAUAAGAACACUCAUUACUUGGUCCCAGGAAGUGUUCCAAGUACCUUACAUGUAUUAACUCACUAAAGCCCAUGGUACUUCUAAGAGGUAGGUACUUUUAUUAUCUCUGUUUUAUAGAUGAGGAAGCUGAGACAUAAAACUUGAAUUAUUUGUCACACAUCACUUAAUAGAUCCCAUUGUAGCACCAGAGUUUGUGUUUCUAUGCAACAAAAGAGCAUCACCAGGGAGCAUUGAUGCAUGCCUGUAAUCCCAGCUACUUGGGAUGCUGAGGCAGGAGGAUGGCAAAUCUGAGAUCAACCUGGGCCAUUUAGUGAGACUGUCACAAAAUAAAAAGACUCGGUGCUAGAGCACUUGCCUAGCAUGUGUGAGGUCCUGGGUUUGAUUCUCCAUCAUACACACACACACAAACAAAUUUUUUUACAGUAUUUCUGCAGCCUAGUUCGAGAAGAGUUCAGCCUUGCCUAGAUCCUGUGACCUUUAGGAAUAUUGUUCCUCCAGCUUUAUAAAAGUGCAGUUCCAACUACACUUAGUACCACUAAGGAGAAGGUCACCAGUGUUUUUCAUUAUUUACAAAUUUCAGUUGCUAAUGCUUAUUUAGUGUUUGUAAUAUUUUUAUUUAUUUUUUAGAAACAGUAUUUUCUGCUUCAGAAAAACCUUGGGAAAUAAAAGGUGCAAAGUCUGUUUGCAUACACACAAAGUUGUUGUUUUUUUUUUAAAAUAUUUUUAUUUUAGUUUUCGGCUGACACAACAUCUUUGUUUGUAUGUGGUGCUGAGGAUCGAACCCGGGCCGGACGCAUGCCAGGCUAGCGCGCUACCACUUGAGCCACAUCCCCAGCCCCAAAGUUGUAUUUCUUUUGAACUGAGUUCCUUCUCCGGUUACAGCCCUCUCACCAACUCUACCUUAUAUCCACCCAGACUAACCACAUUAUACAUCCCGUUGUCUCCUUGAUGGAAAUCAUCUGGGAAAGCUGCAGUGUCACUGAUUUUAUAGAAUAUAUCCUGUCCCCAUUAACAAUCUUCUCUGCUAUUAAAUAGAAAACCCAGCUGAAAGAACAUUAUGUGCAGGUAACUCCUCUGAUGUCCAUGCUACCUUAAAAAUCAACAUAGAUUCUUAUAAACUUUUUUUAAUACCGUGGAUUUUCUUGAUAUUCUUUUCUAUGGUCCACUUAUCAGACUGAUGUUUUGAAUGCUUAAAUUUAACAUUGCAUGUUAAUGAGGAAUUACAGAACUGGUUACUGGCUGAAUAGUGGGAAAUAACUUGAGAGAUCGCUCUGAUUUGGAUCUGAAAUGUUCGCUGAAGGCUCAUUGCUCCCUAAACUGUAGUACUAUUAUUGGAAGGUGGUGGAAUUUUUAGGAGGUGGCGCGUACUGGCAGGAAGUUAGGCUAUUUUUUUAGGCUAUUACAGAGGCCAUUCCUCUGUAUUCUGUUGGUAGUAAACUACUUUGUGAUUAAUUGGAGGGGAUACUGGACCUUGCCCCCAACUUGUGAAGAAGUUUGCUCCCUCCGUUCCCUUCCCAUGGUUUUCUGCCUUGCCACAGACCUAAAGCCACAGUGUCAAGUGACCAUGAACUAAAACCUCUGAAACUGAGCCAAAAUAAAUAUUUCCUUCUUUAAGUUUGACUUAUUAGGUAUUUUAUUGCAACAACAGAAAACUAUCAAAGAUAACUGCUCAAAAGAUGCCCCUUUUUGUUGUUAUUUGUUUUUAACUCCUCUGGUUAGGAGGACUUCCUGAUUAAUCUGGCAACCAGCCUCAUUUCUGCCCAAUUUUAACUAGUUACAUAUAUAUAUAGAGAGAAAAAGACAGAUGCAGACAUGCACUUACAUGAGCAUAAGAAGAAGGGAAGAAACUAGGUAUGUAAGAAAGAAUGGCAACUUUGAGCUAUCUUACAGCCAGCUUCCUACGGUCUAUCGCAGACACAAUAGUAAAGGCCUCAGAAUUUUUGGCAGUGGAUCUUGGUUGACAUGAAGGAGCUUUGGGCCUUACAGGGAGAUUCUCUGAAACAGACUUUUCUGGGAAAUCACUGAUGAGGAGUGAGUAGUAUUUGGUCACCAAAUACUGGAUUAUGUGACCUGGAGAAAAAGGAACUGGGAAAGGUAAUGCAUGAGCCCUGAAUGUCCCUGAAGAUUCUUGCUUUGUAUGAAAGCAACAUGUGUCACUGUCUUCCUAGGCCAUUCCUCUGUAUUCUGUUGGCAGUAAACUACUUUGUGAGCAGGGUUUUGCACUGUUUACUAUAAAAGGGUUGAGUCUACAACAUCAGGGUCUGCCCGUAGAGGAAUCCAUCUAGGCCCAUCUGUGGCACUUUUGGGAAUGGGAGUCAUGGGGAACUGGCACAAACAUUAUGUUCAUGUUUCUUAUUGUACUAUAAGUAAUAAAGUUUUUUUUUGUCUGA